AUUCUCUCACCGGAAGUGACACAGCAAAAUGGGCCAUUUUGGCUAUAACCAAAAGCACUGAACAUUUACAACUAUUAGCCGAAAAAAUCCAAUCUUUUUUCACCAGCAACCAAAAGACCAAACCAAGAAGAGAAAAAGUUGCAGCCUUUGAUGCGUAGUUUGAUUUGACAUGGUGGCAAUUAUCUUAACAGAAGCUCUAUUUGGAGCUUCUUCUUGUACUGAUUUCAAUGGAGUUUUUGGUUCAAAUUACCUUCGUUGCCCUUGUUUUUCAUCAAGAUUUUCACUUUCUGAGACACCCUUUUUGGAAAUUUCCCUGGUAAAGAAAAGGGUGAAGAAACAGAAGAGAAUAGUUGCUUGUAGCUUAGAUAAUGGGAUAGUUGAUAGAGAAGAGCUUGAAUUCAAGCCUUCAUUUAAUGAAUAUCUGAAAGCUAUGGAGUCUGUGAAAGAAAAGAAACAAAGGGAUAGUGUUAUUAGAAGAAAGAAAAGUGAAGAAAAGGAUAAAUUUGAUAGUGUUAGAAGAAAGGACAGUGAAGAAAAGGGUAAAUUUGAUAGUGUUAGAAGAAGGGAAAGUGAAGAAAAGGGUAAAUUUGAUAGUGUUAGAAGAAAGGAAAGUGAAGAAAAGGGUAAAUUUGGAAAGUCUGAGAAGGAGAAAUAUGAAGGAGUUGGAGUUGUGAAAGAGAAGGGUAGUGGUGGGAAAUUGGAAUUUAGAAUGGUGAAGAAUCAGAAAAGAGAGAGCAUAAUAAGUAAGGAAAGGCAUGUUGAUGAGAUGGUGAGCAUGGAAAGAGAAGCUUUUAAGUCAAUGGAUGGAGAUGCUUAUGAUAAGCCAAGAGUUACUAAGGCUGAGAUGGAAGAGAGAAUCCAAAAGCUUGCAAAGUGUCUAAAUGGUGCAGACAUUGACAUGCCUGAGUGGAUGUUCUCUCAAAUGAUGCGAAGUGCUCAGAUUAAAUUCUCAGAUCAUUCUAUCUUGAGGAUUAUCCAAAUAUUGGGCAGAUUGGGAAAUUGGAGACGGGUGCUGCAAGUCAUUGAGUGGCUUCGUUCACGUGAACGCUUCAAGUCACACAAGUUAAGAUAUAUUUACACAGCUGCACUGGAUGCAUUGGGGAAGGCAAGGAGGCCAGUGGAAGCACUAAACUUGUUUCAUGCAAUGCAGGAGCACAUAUCAUCGUAUCCAGACCUUGUGGCUUACCGUUGUAUUGCUGUCACUCUUGGGCAAGCAGGACAUAUGAAGGAACUAUUUGACGUCAUCGAUACCAUGCGAUCACCACCCAAAAAGAAGUUCAAGACUAAUAUUAUUGAGAAGUUUGAUCCACGGCUUGAGCCGGAUGUUGUUGUCUAUAACGCUGUGCUAAAUGCCUGUGUUCGCCGUAAAAGCUGGGAGGGUGCCUUUUGGGUACUGCAACAGCUAAAGCUCCGGGACCAGCAGCCCUCAAUAACAACAUAUGGAUUAGUCAUGGAGGUCAUGUUCGAAUGUGGCAAAUACAAUUUGGUUCAUGAUUUUUUCAAGAAAAUGCAAAAGUCAUGCGUUCCCAAUGCUUUAACCUAUAAAGUUCUUGUGGAUACUCUUUGGAAGGAAGGAAAAACAGACGAGGCCUUACUGGCUGUAAAAGACAUGGAAGGACGGGGAAUCGUGGGCACUGCCAGUUUGUAUUAUGACCUUGCUCGUUGUCUUUGUAGUGCAGGGAGGUGUGAAGAAGCGCUGAUGCAAAUGGAAAAAAUAUGCAAAGUUGCUACCAAGCCUCUAGUGGUGACUUACACUGGUCUAAUUCAAGCCUGUCUGGACUCUGGAGACAUUCAGAGUGGAGCAUACAUCUUCAACCACAUGCACCAGUUUUGCUCCCCAAAUUUGAUUACUUACAAUAUAAUGCUAAAAGCUUAUCUAGAUAGUGGGAUGUUUGAAGAAGCAAAGCAAAUGUUUUUCAAGUUAUUGGGUAAUGGUAACUCUAUUAGCAAUAAAUUGGACGGCAAGGAUAAAGUUUUUCCGGAUGUCUACACAUUCAACUUGAUGCUGGAUGCAUGGGCUGCUGGGAAGAAAUGGGAUGAUCUCGAGUUUGCCUACUCACAUAUGCUGAAAUAUGGACACCACUUCAACGCAAAACGUCACAUGCAGAUAGUACUAGACUCCUGCAGGGCUGGAAAGGUGAAAUUAUUAGAAGCAACAUGGAAGGACUUGGCUCGGGCGGAUCGGGUUCCGCCAGUGCCACUAGUCAAAGAAAUGUUCCGCAUGCAGCUUGAAAGAGGCAACGUUGCUGCAGCCUUGGCUUGUGUUACUGAUUAUCCUUCUGCUGAGUCGCAGGCAUUUUCUACCAAGUUUUGGAUGAAUUUUUUUGUGGAAAAUUCUGACAGAUUAUCAGAUGCUACUUUUUUCAGAUUGCUACAGGAGGUGAGCCAGGUUGCCAGAAAUGACAGCAGAAUACUUAACAAUCUGAUGGCUUCUUGUAAAGAAUUUUUGAGAACUAGAUCAGCAAAAGUUGAUAGAGUUCAUAGUGAAACAGCUCUAAUUAGCUAAUUUUGCUCCACCCCAAAAGAAAAAAGAUCAUCUUAAACUAUAUGUUCUGAUCUUGAACGAGUGCUCUAUUUGUUAAGAGUUUGGUCAAGUUCAUAA